GUGAUCGGAUGGUUGAGGAGGUCUUAUCAGCUGGCCAGCCCCGAUCGCUAACACCCCGCACGAUAAUGAAACCCAGGUGUUAUUAGUACUUCCUCUAAAUUAGUGCCGAACAAAUCCACGAAUACCAUAGGGUGCGAGGAUUAUCUAUCCCACUGGUGUGAUUUGAUCUCCUGCUGUUUCCUUUUGGGGAUAGCGCACUGACUGCGGCUUGCCUUAUCGUCCUUCAAUUUUGUCUCUACAUAUAUCUACUAGCACGCUUUUCGAGUACUAAGUACUGUGCCAACUUCACUCAAGGACUGACUUAUUCAGAACAAUGUUAGGACUCUGGUGUGCUGCUAUUCUCAUCCUUGUUUUUCUUUACCAGCGACUCUCGAGCCCCAUAUCUAAACUCCCUGGUCCUUGGUAUACCAAGCUCACAAGUCUGGUUAUAAAGUACCAUGAGUUUUCGGCUAGCCGUCGUGUGUUUAUCCAUCAGUUGCACAAGCGUUAUGGCACUAUUGUACGGAUAGCGCCCAACGAGGUCUCCUUUGCAUCCUUGGAUGCCAUUCGAGAAAUUUACGCGUCAGGUGGCAGUGGCUAUGACAAGACGGAAUUCUAUGAUCUUUUUCGGCAGUUUGGGAUCAAGACCAUGUUUUCUACACUUGACAAACAAACGCACAGUGAGAGAAAGCGACAACUAGCCGAUCGAUAUGCCAUGUCCAAUAUACUGCGAGAACAUCACAUUUCAGCGAUCCGACAUAGCGCUAAAGCUUUCGUGUCCAAGUGUGCUGCUGUGGCGAAGAGUGUGGAUGUCUAUGUCUAUCUACAUUGCUAUGCACUUGACUGCGUAACACACUUCAUGUUUAGUCCUAGCGGAUUGAAUUCUCUUACCGAUGAUAGCGACUUUGAGCUGAUGGAGGAAUUAACGUACCAUAACAGCUUGCAAAAAAAUCUACUUCCUUACUACCUGCCACGGCUGGCACCAUAUUUCCCUUCUUGGCUGCUACCCCGUCGGGCCCCAAAGGCCAAUAUGUACGUCCAUAGAGUCACGGCCCAGACCAACCCAGACGAAUAUAGUCUCCUUGCUCGUCUCUUGCGGAAGGAUGCAUCACUGUCAAAAUCGGAAGCAGCAGCAGAAUGCAAAGACCAUAUGGCGGCAGGAAUCGACACAACAGGCGACGGCUUGUGCUUUUUGAUGUGGGAGUUAUCGCAACCGCACAACUUUCGAUUCCAAGACCGGCUUUAUGAGGAACUUCGCUCAGCACCAGAAGAUACCCCUAUUGAUCGAUUGCCGUACCUCGAUUCCGUAAUCAAGGAGGCCCUACGCUGCGCACCGCCAAUUCCAAUGUCGUUCCCUCGUUAUGUGCCAAGGGGUGGCAGAACGAUUGAUGGAGUAUUCAUCCCUGAGGGCAACAUUGUCAGCUGCCAGCCGUACACUGUACAUCGGCUGGACACAAAGGUAUUUCCGGAACCAGAUAUGUUCAAUCCGGAUCGCUGGAUGAAGGAUGAAGGUUUCAACGAGCGCAACCGAUUGUUCUUUGCCUUUAGCACCGGAGGAAGAGGCUGCACCGGAAGAAAUCUGGCGACUGUCGAGAUGAAAAUCCUUCUCCAAGAAGUUUACUCUCGGUUCCGGACAACAGUGGCCCCGGACAUGACUAGCUCCAUGGAGAUCGACGACCAGAUCAUUGCUUCUCGGCCGAAGGGACAGAAGUGCAGGCUUAUAUUCACUCCCCGUGAGAUAUGACAUUCAUUUGCUGAAGGCGCAAGGUGAUAAAUUGGGAGAACAUCGGCCAUCGGCACAUCGUCGGUGUUAGUCCGUCCAACGCUGGCGCGGACAGCCGUGGGGGGUGGAGAUGCCCGGUCCGCUUUGGAUGCGGGGUAAGCAGAUCAGGGGCGAACGCUACGAGAUGAAGUCAAAGAUAGCCAUCUAUAAUUUAAUUUUCGGCUGUUCAUACCGGC